AUGGAGACGGGAAGCGCGUUUUGGGGCUCCAGCGAGCCCAUCAUCGAGUAUCCCACCGAGUACUUCCCAAACGAAUACCUCUCCGAUACAACACCCAGAACUCCCUCGACAAGGUCACUGCUCUGCGAUCACCGGCUCCGAGAAUACGCCGUGGUUGCCGUCCAGGAGCCGUGGGCAACGACAAACCCAGCUCCCCGCGAACCCACUUUCCCGGCGAAGCUUUCGAAUAGUAGUAGUAGUAGUAGCAGUAGUAGACCUUUUAUUCCUCUUCCAGCUACUAGGCCCGUUUGCAUCAUGGAAUCGGCGAUCGCCACCGACGCCUUCGGUUCCGAAAGCAACCCAUCAACCCCCAGUGCCCGGGACACGUUUCUCCGCAGCUUCCUGCACAUGUCGUUUGUAGAUCAACCAGCAGCGGGCAUUUGAGCAGAAUAUGUUGUGGUGUUUGACUGCCCGAACUGCACCCGCAUUGCGCGCUCUCUGACCCCUAUUCGGGAUAGGUAAUGGCUCAACCCAAACCUCCCGGUGUAAAUGAUGUGCUGCUUGAAACCUCCGAGGACAAUAGUACGUCGUGCCACAGAACCGAGUCUUGAACGAUGCCAGAGUAAUCGAAGGCAUUGGUCUCGUAAUGCAUCUCAUUCUGGGGUAAGCCGUUGCAGAUCUUGCGUGUGGAGAAGUCAGAUCCAACACACCAAUUUCC